AACGCGCCCCGGCGUCUUGUUUCUGGUGGCACUGCUGGACUCUGGAUAGUCCAGUAGUCGCGAGCUGGGGUAGUGUACCGGAUAGUUCUCUCCAAGAGGCCUCAAAGGAAAAAGAUUAGCUAUGUCAUCCUUGAUCAGAAAGGUGAUCAGCACCACGAAAGCCCCAGGGGCCAUUGGUCCCUACAGUCAAGCUGUGUUAGUCGACAGGACCAUUUACAUUUCAGGCCAGAUAGGCAUGGACCCUUCAAGUGGACAACUUGUGCCAGGAGGGGUAACAGAAGAAGCUAAACAAGCCCUUAAAAACAUGGGUGAAAUUCUGAAAGCUGCAGGCUGUGACUUCACUAAUGUGGUGAAAACAACUGUUUUGCUGGCUGACAUAAAUGACUUCGGUACUGUCAAUGAAAUCUACAAACAGUAUUUCAAGAGUAAUUUUCCUGCAAGAGCUGCUUACCAGGUUGCUGCUUUGCCUAAAGGAGGCCGCGUUGAGAUUGAAGCAGUAGCUGUCCAAGGCCCUCUGACAACAGCAUCACUCUAAGGGAGCCUGGUGUUAUUAAGUCUGGAAAAUUAAUAAUGUUUUUAAAUUAACAUCUUAACUUUGAUUAUCAAUGUUGGAAACUGUUAGACUGACAAAAAUAUUUGAAGUAUUAUGGAAAUACCGUAUAAUAAGGGGGAUUGAAUAUGAAUUAAAGAUUAGAUAAUGAAUCUAGUUACUGAUAUUAUAAAGUACAUUUAUGCACACUCACAUUAUUGGAUGUGAGAAAAGAGACACCUUUGCAUUGCACAGUUUAAAUAAAUAAAAGUAAAGGGAAAUAAUAUGCAGGAAAGAUGAGUUACUAUUCCUGAGAAAUAAUAAGGAAUACACCUAAUUCAGUUAAAUCCUAUUAAUUUAAUGGUGUGAAUAUUUAGUUCUCAUGUCAGAUAUAUGAUUCUGCUUUUACUUGAAUAAAAUUAAAGAUUUAAGUUUGAAUGGUAGAGGUAAAGGAAAAAAAAAAUGGACCAAAAUUUUACUUAGCUAAUAUUUUUCUAACGGAAAUAAAAUAGACAUGCAAAUGUUC